AAUACCAAAAUAUAUUGGGAUUAGUUAAAAGCAUCGACCUCUCUUGCAACAUGUUGAUGGGAGAAAUUCCAAGUGAACUGAUGGAUCUUGUUGAAUUGGUUGCCUUAAACAUUUCAAGAAACAUGCUCAGUGGACAAAUCCCUGCCACCAUUGGACAACUAAAGUCAUUGGACUUUCUUGAUUUGUCAAGGAACGACUUAUCUGGACGCAUUCCUUCUGAACUUUCACAAGUGGAUCGUCUUGGUGUGAUGGAUUUAUCACACAACAAUUUGUCAGGAGAAAUUCCUCAUGGCACUCAACUUCAAAGCUUUGAUCCCUCUGCUUAUGAGGGAAAUGCUCAUCUAUGCGGUGCUCCCCUUCCAAAAUGUCCCACAAGCCCAACACAAGAUCAUCCAAAUGAUGAGAAUUCUGAAGAAGAUGAGCAAAUUUUCCGUCGAGGUUUCUUUAUCAGCUCGUCCAUCGGAUUUGCAACAGGAUUUUGGGGAAUUUGCAGCUUAAUAUUUCUGAAUAAAUCCUUCAGAUAUGCCUAUUUUAGGUUAAUGAGUGGCAUACAUGACAAAGUGUACGUGAUCGUUGCUAUAAAUGUGGCCAAACUGCGCAGGUGGAGGAGAGGUUCAACUUGAAGUCCUUUACGUGGGGGAGCUAGCUGCUUCACAAGGUUGCCUUUUAAGCUUCUUC